AUGUCAUACUCAUCAGAUAUAACCAAGUUAAUAUCAGAAGGAUCAAAAGCUUAUUCACAAAGAAAUUAUGAAUUAGCAUCUGAAAAAUAUGGUGAUGCUUGUCAAUUAUAUUCUUCAUUAAAUGAUAAUAAAGAAGAUGGUGAUUUAUUAUUAUUAUAUGGUAAAGCAUUAUUUCAAAAUGGGAUUGAUAAAAGUAGUAUAUUAGGUGGUAUUGAGACUAACAAUAAUGAAGAAGAAAAAGAAGGAGGAGAUAAUAAAGAUAAAAAAGGAAAAGAAGAAAAUGAAGAGGAAGAAGGCGAUGACAAAUUUCAAUUUUAUGAUGCAGAACCUAUUGAUGGAGAAGUAUCUAAUGAAAAUGAAAAAGAGGAGGAACAUGAAAACGAGGAAGAAAGUGAAGAAAACAAAGAAGAAAACAAAGAACAGGGAGAAGAAGAAGAAGGAGAACAAGAACAAGAACAAGAACAAGAACAAGAAGCAAGUGAUUUUGAAAUGGCAUGGAUGAUAUUGGAUGUUGCAAGAGGAAUAUUUGAACAACAAUUAGAAUCAUUACCAAAACCAACUACCAUACCAAUACCAUAUAUUAAAUCAGAAUCUGAUCCAAUAGAUAAUGAAUAUAUAAUAACAUUGAAAAAAUUAUCAGAAACUUAUGAUAUCCUUGGUGAAGUAUCAUUAGAAUCAGAAAAUUUCCAACAAGCUUCACAAGAUUUACAAAAAUCCUUAAAAUUAAGAUUGGAAUUAUAUCCCAGAAAUUCUUCACCAAUAUCAGAAUCUCAUUAUAAAUUAUCAUUAGCAUUAGAAUUUGUUACUGAUGAUCCAUUAUCAAGAAAAAAAGCAGCAGAACAAAUAAAAUUAGCUAUAGAAUCAACUAAAGAAAGAAAUCUUUCAGAAACAAAUCCAGAAAAACAAAAAGAUAAUGAAGAAAUGAUUCAAGAAUUAAAUGAUAAAUAUCAAGAUUUAAUUAAAGAUCCAAAUCAAAAUAUACAACAACAACAAUUAGAUAUUAUAAAAGGUAUAUUGGGAGAAAGCUUAUCUGGUGAAGGAGCAGAAGGUGCUACUAAUGCUAUAGUAAAUAAUUUAACUUCAAUGGUUAAAAGGAAACCAACUAAUGAAGGUAAAGUAAAUGAUUUAUCUAAUUUGGUGAAAAAGAAAAAACCAAAAAAAUAA